AUGUCUAACUCUGCUGCAGUUUCUAAUGGAAAUGGCACUGUUCCUUACUUCGAAAUUGAGAAUACUUCAAUCCCCACUGUUCCAAAGGACAGAAUUCUUGUGAAGACUGUUGCCUUUGCUAUCAAUCCCACUGAUUGGAAGCAUCUUGCCUACAAAAGAGGACCAAAGGGAGCUAUUGUAGGAUCGGAUUUGAGUGGAAUCAUCGAAGAAGUUGGAUCAGGAGUUUCUGGCUUUUCUAAAGGUGACAUUGUUGGUGCAUGGGCUCAUGGAGGAUAUGAGAAGGGCAUUGGGGCCUUUCAACAAUACGCAAUUGUCCAUCCUUCUCAAACAAUUAAGUUCCCUAAAUCCGAAAUCGAUGUGGAAAAGGUUGUUGCUGUUGGUGAUGCCCCACUGGGACCAAUUGACACCUUUGAAGGUGCUGCGUCCGUUCCUCUCGGCUUGUCUACCGUCGGGAUGUCAUUUGCCAAUCAGUUGAAAUUGAAGGUUGAAAAUAAGUCUAGUUAUGCAGACAAGUAUAUUUUGAUUUGGGGUGGUGCAACUGCAACUGGAAUUCUUGCUAUUCAAGUCGCUAAAGUGGUGUACGGUUUAAAGGUGAUAGCUGCUGCCUCAAAGAGGAAUAGCGACUUCUUGACUAGUCUUGGAGCUGACUUUGUCGUUGACUACAGUGAUGCUGAUGCCGUUGCUCAAAUCAAGAAGAUUGGAGCUGGAAAAAUUUACUAUGGUUUCGAUACUAUUUCCUACAAAACGACCUUCCAAGCUCUUUACGAUGCCACAUCUGAAACAGAUGGACCAGUAGUACUUGACAAUCUUUUAGGUUUAAAUGCCUCUAGUAUUGAAACUGAUGAAUCCAAAACUAACGUUAGGUACGGCUCUACUUUGGCUUACUUAGUUACUGGGGAGACUGUUAACAUUGGAAAGGGUCCAAUCCCUCCACCUAAGGAUUUGGUUAAAGAUUAUAAUCAAUUUUGGUUCAAAGUCUUACCUUCGUAUCUUCCUAAGUUGAAACAUUCAGGUUUAAAAGUUUUGAAGCCAGGAUUAGAGUCAGCAGCUGAAGGUCUUGCUUUACUGCAAGAGAAUAAGGUCAAAGCUCAGAAAAUUGUUUUCAGAGGAUGA